UGUUGAUGGCGAUUAGGCUGUUCCCAUUACCUCGGUCAUCAAGCGAAGACGACGCUGAGGCAUAUUUUCAUUCUAAAGAAAAAUUGUUUUAUAGACGUGAAAUAUGAAAUUUAAACAAUAUUCCUAAAUUAAAAAUUGUUUUACAGCUAAAAGGUGUUUAGGUAUAACCUUCAAGCCGCACUAGAAACAUACUAAAACAGUGCCAGUUUGUUUACUGUUUAGCGUCAUCAUCAAUACACAGACUUUUUAUGUUCGUUCAACUUUUACUUGUGCGCCUAAUAUAAUUUUGACUAAAUAAUUACGCAGUGAAAUUGUAAACAUAAGCCAUCCUAAGCGAUAUUGGUAUCAACGUUUGUUUGUGUUCCGUAUGCGCAUGGUGCGCAGUCCGUUCAAGUGAUUCAACCCUAGCUGCCUGCCGUAGCGGAGUCUCGCACACCGAAUUUUGACUGCAAGCAGCCCACGUACAUGCGUACGCUUAGUGGUCAGUUGUGAAUUGGCGACAUGGAACCGCAGAAAAAACGGAGGAAGCGUGGUUGGUACAAAAAGUACCUAAAUCCAAGCAGUGUCUUCCACGUGCCCAGAUCAACAGAUUCAUCAGCCCGGUUGCGGCUCGCUCAAGCGGAAUCCUCAAAAGACGAUGGUUCAUACCAUCGAAGCUCAAAUGAAGAGUUGGUGGAACCGCGGCCAGCUGUCGAGGACGAGUACACUACGCAAAGUGCCGGCACUGCUGGAGAGGCGGAGGCCGCGUUGACAGGGGAGAGCGACGAUCCGACAGCACCUGACAGCGAUUCUGAUGGGACAGGCAUCAUCUGUUCCAGGGCGCUAGCAUCUCCACAGCCCGGUCCAAGUGGACGUGCAUGAAAUCUGCACGAGAGAGGAGGUGGUUGCAAUAAAGACAAUGUAGCCACUGAGGAAGACACCGAUAACACCAAUCAAUCUGGUGAAGAGUACUCCUAUGCAACAGAUCUCGACAGUGAUGAUGAUACAACUGGUCUUAUCCCAAUUACGGACACGCAACAUGGUGAACUGAGCAGCAUGGCGCCAGAAUCAAGUCACAGUGAACCGGAACACAUGAGUGACGGCCAAGACCUUUUCAGCAGUGCUGACACAAAUAGAACAACACAGCUUGGUGAAUUGUUUCAGGGGGCCCUGAAUGAAAAGGUUGUCGUUUCUAAAGGAGACAUGCUGUUAAUGAUACUAAAGCAUGCCUUAAAGAACAAUUUGACAUUGACAGCACUGACAAACCUUAUAGAGAUGAUCAACUUGUUCUUUGAAAGACCUGUCCUGCCUCAAUCUAAGUAUAAGCUUGGUAAGCUCUUUUCAGAGUCUGGCACCGGCUUGAGUUUUAAUUAUAUUUGUGAAAACUGUCGGAAAGUGUCCUCUUACACAGAGUCAAGUCAUUUCUUGCAGUGUACAAAUUGUGGGUGUGCUAUGGCUACCUCAGUAAAUAGUGCGUCAUUCUUUGUGCUAUUAGAUGUACCCUCUCAGCUGAGAAAGGUGUUAAAGAAUCGCACAAUUCGAGAUCUGACAAGGCCUCUAAGCACAAGCAGCAGUUUUUCCGACAUUUGCGAUGGCGAAUUGUAUCGCGACUUUGUUUCUGCUACAGCAGACAAUGGGCAUAGGAUUAGCCUCACAUUAAAUACAGAUGGCACACUGCUCUUCUCUUCCAGCAAUACCUCAAUUUGGCCCAUACAAUUAUUGGUUAAUGAAGUGCCUGCAAUGCAGAGAGCAAACAAACUUGUAUUGGCUGCCCUAUGGUUCGGAAAAAAUAAACCUGAUAUGGACCUAUUCCUUGAUGCGUUUUUGGAGACAAUGGAUGAUUUGUCUGAGAAAGGAUUUAUGCUUGAGCAUGAGGGACAAGCUAAGCUAUUCAGGGCAUAUUGCAUUUGUUGUGCUGUUGAUUCAGUUGCAAGAGCACCAAUGCAAGGCGUUAUGGAAUUCAACGCGUACUAUGGCUGCAACUGGUGUCUGCAUGAAGGUGAAAGAGUUGCAGGGGCUACCAGGUAUCCAGUUGAAAAGGAUGAGCCACCAGAACGGACAGAAAAUGAAAUUUUGAAAGAUGCAGAAAUUGCAGUAAUGCAAGGUCAAUCUGAAAGAGGCGUAAAAACUGUCUCUCCACUCCUUAACCUACCACAAUUUCAUAUAAUCUGGGGUUUUGUCCCUGACUAUAUGCAUUGUGUUUUGUUGGGAGUGGCAAGACAGUUUUUAGAAAUGUGGCUGGGUGACACACACUGCGAUUUCUACAUUGGAAGGCAACGAGAGAGCAUUGAUGCAAGGCUAGCAGCACUUGCUCCACCAAGGGAAGUCCGCCGGUCGCCAAGGCCAACAAAAGAACGAAAAUGGUGGAAGGCAAAAGAGUUCGAAAAUUGGAUUCUGUUUUACAGCUUGCCAGUGUUAGAUGGAAUUUUAAACAAAUCUUGCAUCAGACACUGGGCUUGCCUUGUUGAGGCCUUGCACAUAUUGUUAAUGCGCAGUAUAACCUCUUCGGACCUUGUGCGAGCAGAAGAGCUGCUUUUAGAAUUUCAUGUUGUUGCACAAGUCCUAUAUGGAAAAAGGUGCAUGACUUUUAACUUGCAUCAGGUGACCCACAUUGCGAAAAGUGUGAGGCACUGGGGCCCACUGUGGGCGCACUCGGCCUUCCCUUUUGAAGCUGGUAAUGGUACACUGAAAGCAGUUGUAAAGGCUGCUAAUGGUAUACCUCAUCAGAUCUGCAGAAUGAUUCAGGUCGAAGGUCUAACUGAACAACUAACGAACAUGACAACUGAAGCAAGAGUGUACAAUUACUGUACAUCUCUCGACAUAACAGUCACGCAGAAAACUGUAGCUAUUUCAGAAAAUGUCCAUCUCUUUGGAAGAGGUGUCCCAUAUCAAACAAGUAGCCUGUCUGCCACUGAUGCUUCUACCGUUUUUGUACAGUACCCACGCAUGCUGAGAAACAGGGUGACAUCAUUUGGAUUUAUGUGA